CGCGGGCCGGAAGCGGAAGUGAGUGCGCUGGUAAUCAUGGUGCCGCCGGGGUGGGGAAGGAGGAGCCGCCGCUGCCGGGAGCUCGAUGAGUUGUUACGGUGUGACCUUGCGAUCUCGCACUGAGAGGCGGUGAGCCAUGGGGGACAACAGCCCUGAAGGCAACGUCAUCUACUAUGAAGUGGAGGAGGACGAUCUAACCCAAGAUGACAGUAUGAUGAGGUUUGCUGAUAAAAACGGGCUGGUUUCUUCGUCAUCUGGGACGGUCUAUGACAGGACAACUGUUCUCAUAGAGCAGGACCACAGCGUGUUGGAAGAUGAUGAGGACGAAGGACAGUGUGGUGAUCACUUGCCUUUUUUACCAGAAGGCCACGAAGAAGGAUUUCAUUUAAUAGCAGAUCAUGAAGGAAUGUCCCAGGGUUAUGUGCAACACAUUAUUUCUCCAGAUCAGAUUCAUCUAACAAUAAAUCCUGGUUCAACUCCUAUGCCAAGAAAUAUCGAAGGUGCAACACUCACUUUACAGUCUGAAUGCCCAGAAACCAAGCUGAAAGAAGUUAAGAGAUACCAGUGCACCUUUGAGGGCUGUCCACGCACCUAUAGCACUGCCGGCAACUUGCGCACUCACCAAAAGACACACCGUGGGGAAUACACUUUUGUCUGCAACCAAGAAGGCUGUGGCAAGGCCUUUCUUACCUCCUACAGCCUCAAAAUCCACGUCCGAGUGCACACCAAGGAAAAGCCUUUUGAAUGUGAUGUGCAGGGCUGUGAAAAGGCAUUCAAUACAUUGUACAGAUUGAAAGCACAUCAGAGGCUUCACACAGGGAAAACAUUUAACUGUGAAUCAGAAGGCUGCAGUAAAUACUUCACAACGCACAGCGACCUGAGGAAGCACAUUCGAACCCACACAGGAGAAAAGCCAUUUCGGUGUGAGCAUGACGGCUGUGGAAAGGCUUUUGCUGCAAGCCACCACCUUAAAACACAUGUUAGGACACAUACUGGGGAGAAACCCUUCUUCUGUCCCAGUAAUGGCUGUGAGAAGACUUUUAGUACACAGUAUAGUCUCAAGAGUCACAUGAAGGGCCACGAGAAAGGACAUUCUUAUAAUGCACUUCCCAAUAGCAAUGUAUCUGAGGAUACAAGCCACUCACUUUGUCUGAGUGACUUAAGCCUCAUCUCAACAGAUUCAGAAUUGAGGGAGAACUCUAAUCCAACACAUGGACAGGACCUUAGCACAAUCUCACCAGCAAGCAUCUUUGAGUCUAUGUUUCAGAGCCCAGACCACGGUGCACAUCAGGACGACUCUCAGCAGACGGCUGCCUUGAUUGAAGGGUUUAAUGGUGAUGCAGACUCAGUGGCUGCUGUUCCACCCUCCACAGGAGACUCGGCCUCUUUGUCUCUCCCCCUUGUACUGCAACUCGGCAUCUCUGAGCCUUCACGGUCAGCACUACAAGCCUCAGCAGCACCAGCUGCUCCUUCCUCCAUAGGAACCAGCUCACAGCAAGCUGCAUUUGGGAAUCCUGCAACUGUUUUACAAUCCCCAGAAGUGCCUGUUCCUCACAGCACACAGUUUGCAGCCAGUCACCAAGACUUCCUGCAGCAUACUCAGACACCGCCACAGCCCAUCGUACAAGGACUUUCAGUGGUUGCUGGGGCACCUGCCCCAGCAGCAGCAAGUGCUACUGAGCCCCUGCCAGCUGUAGUUCAGACUGUGCCUGUUGCUGCAAACUCUGUUCUGACCAGUAAUCCAACUAUAACAAUUACUCCUUCUCAGAGCACUGCUAUUCUGCAGUCCAGCAUUGUCAUGGGAGAGCAAAACUUACAAUGGAUCUUAAAUGGUGCCACUGGUUCUCCACAAAGCCAAGAACAAAUGCCACAAGUUCCAAAAGUAGUAGAAAAGGUGUUUUUUACCACUGCAUUACCAGUAGCUGGCAACACAGGAAACCCUGUUCAGCAGAUUGGUCUCAGUGUUCCUGUCAUUAUAAUAAAGCAGGAGGAGGCCUGCCAGUGUCAGUGUGCCUGCCGAGACUCUGCCAAGGACAAAGCCACCGUCAAGAAGGAAUGUUCCUCACCUGAUUCAAAAGCUCUGGAGCAACCAGCUCCCCAGCUGCAGCCUCAGACCUUUCCUUCCUCUUCUCCUUCGUGUGGGCAGAGCAGUCAGAUAGUUAACCCUUCAGACUCACAGACUGAAACAUUAAGUGCCAUGGAUGUAUCGGACUUCCUGUCCCUCCAAAGCCCUGAGACCCCAUCUAAUAUAAUUCCAAUCGAAGCACUACUGCAGGGUGAGGAAGAAAUUGGUUUGAAUAGCAACUUCUCUAAGUGAAGAUGUUCCAGAUUUUCCUUUGCACCUGUAGGGUAAAACCCUUCUCCUUUAGAAGCAGAAACUGAAGGAUCCUUUUUCCCUUCCUCUCUGGAAGUUUUGUGGCUUAUUUCUGCUUCACUGAUGUCAUCUUUAGUCACGUCCCAGGUACAUCCAUCUUUGAGAAUCUAUCUUAAAAAAAAAGGUAAAAAAAAAAAGAGAAAAAGCUAAGUUAUAUAUGAACUGUUUUGGCUGCACUGUCUGUCACUUUUGCUUGUCAUAUGUGAACACAGAAGUUAAAGGUUACUCGUGUGCAAAAAGGUUUUUAAAAGAUAACAAAAAGGGGAGUUAGUUGGUCUCCAAUUGCACAUCACUUGUGUUUGGGAUUAAGGUACUGGCAGCAAGUGGGUCUUUGUUACAACUCCUUGGGUCUAUAAUUUUCUUCUGUCUCUUAUGUCUGAUACUAACCAUGCACUAUAAAGGGAGCCCAGGAAAGGAAUUUGCUGCAGUGGAAAAUGGCAUUGUUGUAGCAGAUGGUUUAGUCACAAUUGGAUUGGAGUGUGACUGUCACAUCCCUGAGUUGGGAGCUGAUGCCUGGGUUUGCUUUGGACUAACACAGUUACUAAAGCCUACAGAAAUCUGGGGGGAGUUUGAGUGGAGCACAAACUUGUGCUCCUGAUAGAUCUGGUGAUUUCUUUUCAUUAGGGACACUCAGAAGCGUGCUGGCAGACACUGUUUCACAACAUGGAAACACAGUGGGAGCCCCUGCUUACUCAGGCUCAAGAGUCUGUUAGCUCUGCCUCUCUUUGAAGGAUGCAGUGAGUCCCAGGCUUAGUCAGAUUGGUGCCUGCUGCUCUUUUAUUUAGCUCUGUUCAGAAACAAGUCCUCCUUUAACCCCCGCGACUGUUCAAUCAGGAGCACGGUGCCUUUGCUGAUGACUCUCAUCUUUUGUCAAGAAGCAACUCUAGGAAAUAUCUCAGAACGAUUCAACAUAAAAAUCCACCUUGAAUUGAGUGAGUCUGUCCUUCAGCUGUCCAGAAAUGCUUUGGGGUUGGUUGUUUUUUUGCUGUUGAGCUGUGUAACUUCUGCCUGAAUCUGCCUCCAACCUACUGCAAUGCCAGCUUUUUGUGCACGGGGCUAUUUCUUGACUUAAAAGAUGUUACAAAACAUAGUAGUUUUUUUUUCCUUUCAUAUCAAACUGAAAAGUCUCUAAUUCUAACCUACUCAGGGUAAAUAAAACACAACCCCCCCACCCCCUUCCACCAAAAAGCCUGUAAUGUUGCAAUAAAUGCAGUCUCAUUCUAAA